GAACCGGCCGCGUCGCCGUAAAUGAACACCAUCACGUGUAGCGUACAGAAAAAUUGUUGAGUUUGUUUACAACUUUCGUAGUGGCUAGUGGCCUAUUUAGCCCCUGUUGAAAAAGUAUCAAAUCAAUUAUUCAAUUUCUCUCAAUUGGUGCAUUACACGUAUAAAAAUGUGAAGUGGAGACUAUCAUUUUAUGUUUAAAAUUGCAACACGUAUGGUUCAAAUCAAAAUGAGUCAGAGUUCUCAAGUUUUAAAGUGUGUACGGUAAUAGUGUAACGCGUAACUCUUGGAAUGUGAAUUGUUAGUAUUGGCUCCGAUCGUUUGAAAUAGACCGCUCCAAUUACCUUCACGGUAUGGAGCUAUGGUUGUAAUUUUACAAGUGGUCGAUGAGAGAUAACACACUAUAUUCUACAAACUUCAAGAAGGACUACAACAUAUUUAAAAUGAAGGCUGUCUGGAAUGUAUAUCUAAUUACCAUUAUGGUUUGGAUUAGUAAAGUUCGAGCGAUAGACUACUGCACUAGAAAUGAUGCUCAAGAUAAGAAUGGGCCGCAAAUAAGUCCAUGUCUAAAUGAAAUCGUUUUAGAAAAGGGACAAAAUUUUACAAUUCACUGUAAAGGAAAAAAACAUGUACAGUUUAAACAGCAGAAUAUAGAAGAAGAAGGUCUCGGAAAUACAUUCGUAAAAAAAAUAAGAAAUGUAACUUCGGUGGACACGCAGUACCCAUAUGAAACUGCGCUCGAUUUGUACAACGUGGAUCAGUACGCUGUCGGCUAUUAUGCCUGCUACGAUGACACCAUCAAUGAGACUCGCAUACUUAACAAUUUAAUGGAAGAACCGCCUAACACGGAGCAUGUAACCUAUAUUUACAUUUAUGUGAAUGGCACUGACAAUCUUCUUGUACCUAUGGGUGAAGUAGUCCAGACAAGAGACAAAAGAAGGGUGGUCCUUGGAUGUAGGCCUACUUCACCAGAUGUCCAAGUUACUUUGAAAGUGGAAAUAGCUGAGUUUAUAGAUGACUUUGAAUAUGAGCAAUAUAAUCCAAAAAUUGGGAUCACCGUUGAUAUUGGUGUGUUCUUGUAUGGUACCAUAUAUUUCGUUUGUGCAAUUUCGAAAGCUGAUAAAACGGACAACAAAUCCUUUUAUGUUCAUAAACGUCAAAAUAUACCGGUUGAUACUCCGAAGAUACAAGGGACCGAUUAUUUUUUAGAAGGUGAAACAUUUUCCCUUAAUUGCACAGUAGCCUAUCAGAGAAAUCUUCCUGUUGAGCUGAAAUGGGAUAUUCCGAGAAAAGUGGGCAAGGAUUUCGUCAAUCAAACAACUAACGAAUGUGAUGCUACAGAAGUUAAUGUGUUGUAUAACACUAUUACUAUAGUAAAUGCAACCAAAGACGACCAUGGCUUAUAUAACUGCACAUCUAGUAAUAACUCCGAUAAGAAGACUAGAAGAUUCCUAAAAAAAUUUAUAGAAAGUCCGUUCAUAAAUCUACGGAAAAUAACAGCCGAAGUGGAUGGUAUCGUUGUAACCCGCUUAUAUCAAAAGAGAAUGAGAUUACAAAUAAAUAUUAGCGGACACCCCUAUCCGAAAUAUUAUUUCUUACGAAAUGGCCUCAAUUUACCUUCAAAUGCAUCGAAAUAUUAUAUCGACAAUAUGCCCUUAAGCGGAGAAACUGUUUUAAAUAUUUUAGAUCUGAAUGUGAAAGACACUGCAAAUUACACUUUAUACACGGACAACCGCUACGUGAAAAAGAAUGUCACGUUUGAUUUGCGAGUAUCAGCUGUUCCAGUUGUGGAGUUUUUCCCAAAGACAAAAACCACAGUAGUAGGCAAUAAAGAUCAGUAUCUAACAUUAAUGUGUGAGGUGACUGGCUACCCAUUACCAUUUGUCAACUGGUACUUAACUGCCAAUGGUACAGAUCAUAAAUUGCCUACAAGUGAUUUCACCACACAGUCAGUGUACAAAGCAACAUCCCAUGUAGAUGUACCUGUGAAAAUUUCCGGGAACAUAACGUGUAAAGCAACAAAUAUUCAUCGGUCUGAUCAAGCAUCAAAACAAUUGCUUGUUGACGAAAUACAAGGAGGAUUUGGCAUAAUGGAAAGUGAAACGUGGUAUCCAGAAAAUCAUAACGUCACCUUAAAGUGCGUAGCGUCCAAAUAUAAUUACUCCAACUUAACUUGGAUAGAUAGCACUAAUGGCGGGAGCCUUAAUGAUUUUGUAAAAUAUUCGGAAAGUCCAUUCUCACAUGAGGCGAUAUUAAAAAUAAUCGCCGUACCACUGACCAGAACUGGCUCUUACACGUGCGUCGGAUAUAAAAAUGAUGGACAUGAAGAAAGCGAAUCGAUAUCCAUCACAAUUGAAGCUAAUCAAGACACUAUUAUAUAUGAGCCAGAAAUGGACCAGGACGAAGAAGUAUCAAAUUAUCAAUAUGUUCAGUUUAGCUGUGUAGCUGAAGCUGUGCCACCUCCUGAGAUCAAAUGGCGCAAGGAUGGUGUUUUGUUAGAAAACGGAACUGACGGCGAUGUGACAAUAGUGAGCUAUUGUACUAAUAAUACAUUAGUAAACUCCACAGUUAUAAUACCGCGAAUGAAAGAAGAAUACAAAGGAAAAUACGAAUGCAUAGCAACGAACAUGUACUCAGAAGAAGUAAAAGUAAUUAAUCUACUUUUGGAAGAUAAAUCGCCGUACACUACAACUUAUCUUAGCAUAAUUGGAGCGGUAUUUAUUAUUCUUAUAAUAAUAGUAAUAUAUUUGACUUGGAAAAUAAGAAGAGAAAAACGCUUCAGAAAAGAGUUGGCGGCAGCUGGUUUGUUGUAUUUCAAAGAAGGUGUACCUAAUUCCUUGAAUCCCGAUUUAGUGGUGGAUGAUCAAGCUGAACUUCUUCCCUAUGAUGACAGAUUCGAAUUCCCGUCUGAAAAACUUUUUUUAGGCAAACAGUUAGGUGCUGGAGCAUUCGGAGUGGUGUAUAAAGCAGACGCUCGGGGCAUUAUUAACGCUGAAGAAACGACACCUGUCGCAGUAAAAAUGGUGAAGAAGACCGCAGAUAAUAUGUACAUAAAGGCAUUGGCUUCGGAACUGAAGAUAAUGGUUCAUUUAGGGAAACAUAUCAACAUUGUAAAUUUGCUUGGAGCAUGCACUAAAAAUGUUGGGAAACGUGAACUGAUUGUCAUUGUUGAAUAUUGCAAGUUUGGUAAUAUUCAUAAUUACAUGCAAAAACACCGAGAUGUCUUUAUUGAUCAACUCACCGAUAAUACGGAAAAGAAUCUCGGAAAGAUUAACAGAGGCUACUCCUGUAGCAGCGCCAGUAGUGGAAUGCAUUCAGAUUAUUUCGGCUCCAAUAACACACAAGCUACAGAUCACACGUUCCUGAAUACGGCUAACACUACUAAAUCUGGACGGAAAGUAUCAGAAGGGCAUGUGCAGCCCGAGUGGCGAUCUAACUACGAGACUGAUUACGUCUACGAUACACGCAACCCUCGGCCGUUAUCUUCUCGUGAUUUACUUGCGUGGGCCUUUCAGAUUGCUAGAGGCAUGGAAUAUCUUGCCAGCAGAAAGGUGCUGCAUGGAGAUUUGGCUGCUAGAAACAUAUUGCUAGCAGACGAUAACAUUGUGAAAAUUUGCGACUUUGGCUUAGCUAGAAGUAUUUAUAAAAAUGACGAAUACCAAAAGAAGGAAAAUAGUCCAUUGCCAGUGAAGUGGUUAGCCAUAGAAUGUAUGACGGAUAGAAUAUUCUCAACACAAUCGGACGUGUGGUCGUUCGGCAUUGUGCUGUGGGAAUUAUUCUCGCUCGCCAAGACUCCUUAUCCAAAUAUGAGUCCACAAAACUUGCUGCAAUGGCUCACUGAUGGUCGUCGUUUGGAGAAACCAACAUAUGCAGACGACAGAUUAUACGAUGUGAUGAGACAAUGCUGGGAACAUAAGCCGACCAUGAGGCCAUCGUUUACUCGGCUACAGGAACUUCUCGGAUCAUUCCUCGAAGAUAACGUUCGAAACCACUACGUGGACCUGAAUUCUUCAUGUAUGGAUACAAAUGCUAAGAACGAGCCUCAAGAAGAUUACUUAGCGAUGAUGAAUUCGCCGGACUACAAUAACAUUGUGACUCCCAGUCCGCAUCACUAUGUCAAUGAGGUUAGAAGUUUCUUCCCUCCAUCUCCGACGGAAAUUCCACAUGAUGAAGAGGGGUACUUACAAAUGACGCCAGCUAACAAGAUGCCAUUUAGUCCAAGACCACAAAAUACGCAGUUCGAUUUCGAUGCCCGAAAAAUGAAUAAUAGAGCGACGGAAGCAAGUAACUGCGGCUCUGAGCUGACACCAAUGUUAACACUGAACAAUCUGCCCAGGAGUGGAUCCGAGUCAGACCACGAAGGCAACCACUCGCCAUAUCUCAACAUGUGCCCGCGUAUCGAAGAAGAAACCGAUGAAGUCUUUUUGGAUACAAAAUCUCAAAAUAUUAAGAACAUUCAGAACAGUGCUGUGACAAAUCCCACUUAUAUUACUUUUGGUAUGGACAUUGAAAAGAAAUCUCAAGAUAUUAAUAAUAGUUAUAUUAAUAUACCGAAUGGUCUAGUCAAAUGAGUAUGAACUGUAUUCUUACCCGUGUUAAACGUUACAUUUACAAAGUUAAUAAGUGUUGUAAUGUUUGUUGAAGUGGAUCUCCUCUGUUAGAUAGACGUUUAUUCUAAAGCUGGUAUUGAAAGCUCAAUAUUUUUCUACUAAUAGAUAUGCAUAAUAAUAUCCAUUUUAUAAAACACCAGUUUCUAAUAUCCUUCCUGAUCUAUACAAUCUCAUACAUAGUUUAUAUUUGUAUAUUUUCUGGGUGUAGGUACGAUAGUAGCAGUUCUUUAUGCAUAGAUAAUGUAGCUUUUGUAUUGAUAAUUCUAUGUAAUGUGGAAUGUAGGACAGAUUCAUUGUAUGUAAACUAUACGUUAUGUCUUCAAUGUUAUGUAUACUAACUUUCUAAAAUGAUUCUAGAAUUUCAAUUAAUUUUAAACUCUAUUUCUAAACUAUUUUUUUAUAUAAUGUUUUCAGAUGCUUUGAUAUAUGUUUUCUGCAAUAAUUAAUAAUAUUAUCGUGUCAAGGUUUUUUGUGAACACCAAAUAUUAUGUACGAUUUUUUAUUUUAUGUUUAAUAUAAAUCAUGCGCGUGGUGAAAGGCAUUGGUUAAGGCUAUAUUCAGCAAUGGAUUAGUAUAUGAGAUAAUUCCAUCGGAAUAUGAAUAGAUUAGUAAUCAACAGUAACGUAGUGAGAGUAUAAUUGCUAGUAAAUUGAUCUGUAGUCAAUGAUGUUCUUGUAAAUAAUAUUAAUAUGGAAAUGAAAUGAAUGAUGUGAUAUUUUGUAGUAUACCACUGAUCAAAACAAUACAGACCAAUAACAAUUAUUAUAUAUCUAGAAUCUAUACACUAUUUUUUUAAUGUUACUUUUAUAGAGGCUUCUGUUCACUUAGAUAAAUACGCCACUCACACAGGAUAUCUCGAUAAAAUUGUAUGAAAAUGAAAGCUAGCUGUUGAAAAAUCACAGUCAAUAGGUUCAAAUCAAAAGUUUUAAUUAAAAAAAAAAUAAUAUUCAUUUAUAAUGAAAAUAUGAA